AUGACGGAUGAUAAAAUCAAAUUUGCUGUCCAUAAUUGUAUUAAAACAUAUGAAUUAACGUCGAAGUCUAAGAGAUUUUCUAAAUUGACCUUUGAAAAUGAAUCAAAGAUAACAAAGUCGAUUGAAUCGAAGCAUAAAGAAAAAGUUUUGGACAUUUUAUCUAAAAGAGAUCAUUAUAUUGGGAAGCUAAAUAAACUUCUAAAUGAUUCUAUUCCAGAUGAGGUAGAUCACAACAAGAAAGAUCAAGUCAGAGCUGUAGUAGAAGGACCAGACCCAAAGUACAUCACUAAUAGAUAUCAUGCGAAGCAAUAUAUCGUGAAUAACAUAUUGCCAAACAAAAAUAAAUUGCAAACAAUAGAACAAUUAAUAUUUAAGCAUUUCAAACUUCAAGACAGUUAUAAAGAGUCUCGAGAAACGAUUUUAAAGGAUCAUCAGGAUUCAAUUAAAAAUUUACGUCCAAAUACGAAAUUAUCAAAGCUAUCAAAUUUAAAUGAACAGAUUAAAGAUCAUAGCGUAAAUAACGAAAAAAUUAAGCUAAAUAAUGAAUUGGAGGCUUUAGAUGAUAAAAUCAUAUUUAAUUCAAAACAGUAUAGUAUUGAAACAUUCGAAACAUUGCAGAGUUUAAAGGUACCUUAUUUCUACAUCGAUGAGUUGUUCAAAUACCCACAGCUAGCGGAUGAUAGGAUUUACGUUUUAGACUUGUUAGUUAAAUUGAUAACUAAGGAUUCUAUUAAUAAAUAA